GCGCCAAACAAAGGUAAGUUAGUUAGUUCACCAAAUCUUCGAUCAAUGGCCUGCAACACUCCUUCUUCUUCUUCAUGGCUCAAUCGGAGCCCACCUGUAGCCACCGGUUGCGCCUCCCUCAAGCGUCACUUCUUCCUCUUUUCCACCUCCAGCAAAUCCAUCACGAACACCGUUUUUUCCUACUCCUAUGGUCGCACACAUUCAACUCGUUGUUCCUACAGCCGUCGAUGGCUCAACCCUCUCCGUCGUAAACCGUUGGAUCAAAAACCUUCUCCGGAGAUCGUUCGCCACUGGAUCGACGCUGAUCCUCUCCCACUCGUAUCGCAAGAGAGAUUUAGAAUUGCGUCAUAUAACAUAUUGGGAGAUAAAAAUGCUUUCAAGCAUAGAGAUUUAUACUCAAAUGUUCCUUUAGAAUACAUCAAAUGGAGCCAUCGCAAAAGGUUAAUAUGCCAAGAGUUAUUUGGAUUGAGCCCAGAUAUAAUCUGUAUGCAAGAGGUGGACAGGUAUUUUGAUCUUUUCAAUGUUAUGGAGAAGGCAGGAUAUGUUGGUUCUUACAAGCGGCGCACUGGAGAUAACGUUGAUGGUUGUGCUAUGUUUUGGAAAGCUGAUAGUUUUCGGUUACUGGAGGAAGUGAGUAUUGAGUUCAAGGAAUUUGGUCUUCGCGACAAUGUUGCCCUAAUUUCUGUUUUUGAGACGUGUAGAGCAAAAUCAAGAAGACUAGUGGUUUGCAACAUUCAUGUGCUUUAUAAUCCAAACCGAGGGGAAGUGAAAUUAGGUCAAAUUUGCUUACUUUCUUCUAGGGCACAGCUCAUCUCAGAGAAGUGGGGUAAUGUCCCUGUUGUUCUUGCUGGUGAUUUCAACUGCACUCCUAAGAGUGCAAUUUACAAGUUCUUAUCAUCAUCAGAGCUGGAUAUCAAGUUAUACAACAGAAGAGAAUUAUCUGGUCAGAAAACUUGUCAUCCUUCUCAAGUUUUUGGUGUCAAAAAAGAAACAAGUAAUCCAUUGGCAUUAAUAGACAGAUUUUUGCAGAGUGGCUGGACAGAUGAAGAGAUUAAAAUCGCAACUAGGAACGCUGAAUGCCAUCUAGCCGUGCAUCCACUGAAGCUUAACAGCUCAUAUGCCUCUGUGAAAGGUUCUACAAAAACAAGAGACUCCAAUGGUGAACCUUUAGCUACUUCAUAUCACUCUAAAUUUUUCGGAACUGUUGACUAUCUAUGGUACUCAAGCGGCCUCGUACCUACCAGAGUCCUCGAUACGCUUCCGGUUGAUAUACUAAGAAGAACAGGGGGCCUUCCAUGCAAGAAAUUGGGCAGUGAUCACUUGGCCUUGGUUUCUGAGUUUGCAUUUCUAGAAGGGACCGCCGAUGACAACCAUGGUAACAAUACAACAGUAGAUAACCACCACGGGAACAAUACAACAAUCUCUACCGGAGGAGAUGUCCAUACAUUGCUCGGUGAACUGAAGAGGGAAGAUGCUAAUUCACAUGGGCCUGCCCUUGUUAAUUAAAAGUCGAAUUUUUAUUUAUUUUUGUGUCAAUCAUUUUGUAUUUAUAAUAUAGUAAGAGAAAACAAAUUAUAUUGUAUUCUAAUUUUAAGUAAUCUUUACUUUAAAUUGAUUUCAGUCAAUUUAUUUAAUGAUAUUUAAACUUAUAAAUGUAACAUUACUAUUUUAUAA